CAUUUGGUAUGUAGUGAAAAAUAUUUGGAACUUGUCGUAUGUCCUUUUUCCCAUCCACAACCAGAACAAUAACCUGCUUAUUUGUUCCCAAAGGAAAAUAUAUUUUCUUGAAAAAAUAGUAUGGAGAUCUUAAGUUGAACGUAAAUUAGACUUGGGGUGAGUCAAGAGGUGGCCAUUUGACCAGGAGUUGAAAUUAAGUAAUAUUUUAAAAAGUCCAAAAUCACAUAUUGCUGUUAAAUUGAGCUCAAUUAUUUAAAGGAAAAAUCGGCUAGGCAAAGGACAAAUCUCUUCUAAAAUUACCGUAUCCUCUGGGUUACAUUACAUUACAAUAAAAGUGUCAAAUGAAUAAAUGUAAAGCAAUUUUUAACAUAGGACAAGGCAUAUGGUUAUAGAAAAUGAGCCAAGUCUUGGUGACCACAAUCGGAGAGACAAUAUGACUGAUGCACUCACUAUGUUUUUAUAUCAUGUUUUAGAUACAGCGGGAGAACAGGGAGAUGAAGCUGGGGAAGCCAAACCGAAGCCCAAGCCAUCUUUCACAUGUCCUCUUAUUCCACCGAAGAUCCCGGACGGAGAGAAAGUCGACUUUGAUGACAUCCAUCGAAAACGCAUGGAGAAGGACUUGACCGAGCUGCAGAGUCUGAUUGAAGCCCACUUUGAGAACCGCAAGAAAGAGGAAGAGGAGCUUAUAGGCCUCACUGACCGCAUCGAGAAACGCAGGGCCGAGCGAGCGGAACAGUUACGCAUCCGGGCAGAGAAGGAGAAAGAGCGCCAGAACAAACUAAAUGAGGAGAAGGCACGGAAAGAGGAGGAGGAAGCAAAGAAGAAAGCCGACGACGAUGCCAAGAAGAAGAGGGUCCUGACGAGUCUGCAUGUGACGGGAUACAUGCAGAAGGAGAAGCGCAGUGGGCCAAAGAAGCAGACAGAGAGAGAGAAGAAGAAGAAAAUCCUCAGCGAUCGACGCAAAGAGUUGAACAUCACCCAACUGAAUGAAGAUAAGCUCAGAGAGAAGGCCAAAGAACUGUGGGAGUGGAUGCACCAGCUGGAGGCCGAGAGCUUUGAGCUUCAGUAUAAGUACACACGACAGAAAUAUGAGGUAACAGUUCUUAGGAAUCGAGUGAGCGACCACCAGAAGAUCUCUAAAGGCGCACGGAGCAAGAGAGGCCUCAGGAAAUGAAAGUCCAAGACGAUGGCGGGACUCCAUGUGCUUUGUCAUGCCAUGUGCUUUGUCUGCCCUGGUCUAGUCUGGUGCUCUAUGACGUAGACUGGAUUGUUUGUAGGAACACUUGACAUGUUCAAUAGCUGUUGUGUGUUUCAUGUACAAUCCGUAUAGUGCUUUACAUUAACAGAUUAAUCUCACUAUGUCUCAAUUAAAUUUAUCAAAAAAUGCCCUCCUCC